AUGAGCUUCAAAUCCUUGCUGACUGAUCCAUCUAAUCGGUUAUCUUCAUGGAAGGGCGAUAACUGUUGCAAUUGGAAAGGAAUCAAGUGCUCGAGUUCAGGUCAUGUUGUAGUGGUCAAUCUCCAGAAUCCUCAUCCGGAUGAAGUCAUAAUCAAUGCCAAUAAGGAAGUUGUCAAUCUAUCUCCAUUGCUCUUCACUAUUGACCAUAUCCAAUAUCUCGACCUGAGUUUCAACAACUUCGUGUUCUCAAAGUUACCUGCUGAGAUAUCAAACUUAACAAAUUUGGCUUAUCUCAAUCUGUCGAAUUCCAUGUUUCAAGAUUCCAUCACCACACAAUUCUCAAAUCUUACAUCUUUAAGGUCUCUUGAUGUUUCAUGUGCUAAUUUAUUACCCGAUUUGUCAUCUAUUACUGUUAGCUUGACAUUGACACCAAAGUUAGAUUCUAGCUCACUGUUAUCUUUUAUAAACUAUGGAUAUUUGUCUAGUCAGAAUCUAAGGUGGUUAGAAGGACUCCAAUGCCUCAGAUAUCUAGUAUUGACAGUCCCAUGGUCAAAGUUAACAUCUCUUGACAUAAGCUUCACUCGGGAAGGUGGAACGGUUCCUCCUUCUUUAAGCAACUCAACUUCUAUAACCGUUUUCCUAGAUGAUGGAUGCUCGAUCGAAGGUUCAAUACCUCCUUCAAUCACAAAACUUAAGAAAUUAAGAUUAUUGAUGCUCAACGACAAUGAUAUCACAGGACAACAUCCUAACAGACUACAAGGGAAUAUUCCAAUUUCUAUCUGUCAAAUCCUCUCCCCCGAGUACCUGAAUUUAAAUUGGAAUGAUCUAACAGGACGUCUUCCCUCGUGCAUACUUCAGCUUCCUAAGCUUUCGUAUUUUUAUGUUCAGAAGAAUAACCUGAAUGUUGAUACGCCACUGUCUUUGUUCCGAAAGUCUAGAUUGGAUCAAAUUAGCUUCGGAGUUAGUGGAUUGUCAGUGGAAAUCGACAAUCAAGAUCAAUACUUUCAAACUGGAACUGUUCAAAAAGAGCUUGAACGAGUUACAAGCCUUCGAUACCUUGACCUGAAUGGAAAUGAGUUUGAAGGUUCUUUCCCAACAGCGAUUGAGAAGUUUCAAGAUUUGGAGAUGCUGAACUUAGCAGGCAAUAUAUUUGAAGGGCGGAUACCAAAGUUCAUCGUGUAUUCCUACAACACUAGAUUCGACGUCUCACCCAGUGCUCUUACCGGUAAAAUCCCUGAGAAAAUUGGACUUUUAAAUGGAAUCCCGUUCCUGAAUCUCUCACAUAAUAAUCUUUUCGGGCUUAUCCCAAAGAGUAUUGGCAAUAUGAUUUCACUCGAGUCGUUGGAUCUCAGUUGCAACAAUUUCACAGGUGAAAUUCCAGUGACAUUGACACAGUUGGAUUUUCUCGCGUAUCUCAACUUGUCCUACAAUAAUUUGAGUGGACGGAUUCCAACAAAUCCACAUUUUGACACUUUGUAUCAAGACGGAACAGCAUAUAUAGGGAAUAAAUACUUAUGUGGUGCUCCUGAUGGGAUGAACAGAAGCGACAACAACAGACCAUCUACCAAUGAAACAACAGAGAACAGAUACGAUCAAGAAAAUAUCCUUUUUGUUCUAGUUAUACUCUCGGGUUUUGUAACAGGAAUAUCUAGUGUAUUUCUGCUGUUAUAUUUGAUAGCUGACAAUUGGAGGAAUAGGUAUUGGAGGUCAGUAGACAAAAUUUUGUUGAAAAUAGUGAACUGA